GUCACUGGCCAGGCCAGCCGGCGCCAUUUUGAAAGUGGAGUCGCCUGCCGCUCUGCUGCCGCCGUCGCUGUCGUAGCCGCCGCCGCCGCCGCCGGAGCAGGAGCACGAGCGGGGAAGCCCCAGAGUGAAAUCCACCAUCCUGCUGGCCGGCCUGCCCGCCCCUCCUCCCUUCUUCCCGGCCCCUCCCCCCACAGGUGCCAUCCGCCGCCAUCCGUCCUCUUUGCCCCCCCAUCGCCAGGUGAGGGGGGUGAGUCCGGGGAGCGGAGACCCCGAGGAGCCCAGCAGGGUCACCAUUUGCAGCGCAACAUGGCAGGAGCUGGAGGAGGGAAUGAUAUUCAGUGGUGUUUUUCUCAGGUGAAAGGAGCAGUAGAUGAUGAUGUAGCAGAAGCAGAUAUAAUUUCUACAGUAGAAUUUAAUCAUUCUGGAGAAUUACUAGCAACAGGAGAUAAAGGUGGUAGAGUUGUCAUCUUUCAGCAAGAGCAGGAGAACAAAAUCCAGUCUCAUAGCAGAGGAGAAUAUAAUGUUUACAGCACCUUCCAGAGCCAUGAACCAGAGUUCGACUACUUGAAAAGUUUAGAAAUAGAAGAGAAGAUCAACAAAAUUAGGUGGUUACCCCAGAAAAAUGCUGCUCAGUUUUUAUUGUCUACCAAUGAUAAAACAAUCAAGUUAUGGAAAAUCAGUGAAAGGGACAAAAGACCAGAAGGGUAUAACUUGAAAGAGGAAGAUGGAAGGUAUAGAGAUCCUACUACAGUAACUACACUGCGAGUGCCAGUCUUUAGGCCCAUGGAUCUAAUGGUUGAGGCCAGUCCACGAAGAAUAUUUGCCAAUGCUCAUACAUAUCACAUCAACUCAAUUUCUAUUAAUAGUGAUUAUGAAACAUAUUUAUCUGCAGAUGAUUUGCGGAUUAAUCUUUGGCAUCUGGAAAUUACAGACAGGAGUUUUAAUAUUGUGGAUAUCAAGCCUGCCAAUAUGGAAGAGCUAACAGAGGUGAUUACAGCAGCAGAAUUCCAUCCAAAUAGCUGUAACACAUUUGUAUACAGCAGCAGUAAAGGAACCAUUCGGUUAUGUGACAUGAGGGCAUCUGCUCUUUGUGAUAGGCAUUCUAAAUUGUUUGAAGAACCUGAAGAUCCCAGUAACAGGUCAUUUUUUUCCGAAAUCAUCUCCUCUAUUUCUGAUGUAAAAUUCAGCCAUAGUGGUCGAUAUAUGAUGACUAGAGACUAUUUGUCAGUCAAAAUUUGGGACUUAAAUAUGGAAAACAGGCCUGUGGAAACAUACCAGGUGCAUGAAUACCUCAGAAGUAAACUUUGUUCACUGUAUGAAAAUGACUGUAUAUUUGACAAAUUUGAAUGUUGUUGGAAUGGAUCUGACAGUGUCGUCAUGACUGGAUCUUACAAUAAUUUCUUCAGAAUGUUUGACAGGAACACUAAGCGAGAUAUAACCCUAGAGGCGUCGCGGGAAAACAACAAGCCUCGCACGGUUCUGAAGCCCCGCAAGGUCUGUGCAAGCGGCAAGCGGAAGAAAGACGAGAUAAGUGUGGACAGCCUGGACUUCAACAAGAAAAUCCUUCACACGGCCUGGCACCCCAAGGAGAACAUCAUCGCAGUGGCCACUACAAACAAUCUGUAUAUAUUUCAAGACAAAGUGAAUUAGGGUUGGCAUUCCUAGCAGAGGAGCCCACUUCCUGCUUAGUUGAGAUAGUUCGGUCUAGCAUUCGUACCUAUAAGAGGGAGAGGCCCCUUGUGGCGCCCCUUUCCAGUGUUUGACAGUGUGCCAUCCGACAACACAUUUUAUAGCUACAUGGAGAAGGCUCUGUGGAUUCGUCACUGUGGUGUUCUCCAUGUCUGCUAGCCAUUUAGGUGAGGGUAGGGCACUUUUAAUUUAAAUGACUUCUUGCACCAUCUUGCCUAAUGGACUAGAUCGGACUGUGUCAACAUUGAUUUACUCCACUUUUUAUGCCUUCCAUUGUGAUGACGUCAAACACAGUGAAAGCCUUCAGUCAUGCUAUGGGAUUUAAUUGUGUAUCCUCAUUACUGUAUCAUUUGUGGGGUACAUCCCUCCCUCCUUUUUUUAAAUUAAAUACAGCUCAUUCUUACUGUGGCUUGUAGCAUUCCUCCUCUUCUGGCCUCCCGGACUCUUCCCUCCAUCUCUCUCACCCUUGCCCCCUCCACCUGGUUUUGGUGGUGGUAUAUUGGGAAAAAAAAAAAGAACGAAAGCACACACAAUGAGUCAGUUUGGGGUCAGUGAUAAAGGGGAUACCUGUUGCGAACAAAUGUUUUAAUAACAGUUGGCUGUAAUCACUCCUUGCCAUGUCUGGCGCUGAAAAUAAGGAAAAAAAAACUACUGAAUAAAAGUGACAAAGAAUGGUGAAUCUGGUUUUCUUUUUCUUUUUAAGCUACCUCUAAGCCAAUGUUUGUUUUAUGUCAUACCCUUGGGCACAGUGAAAUGAAAUAAGUUUCCUAUGUUUUAUUGGUAUUUUUGUUAAUUAUUUUUAACAAGUGUUCUUUUACAUGGAGGAAAGGUAUUGGUUCUGUAUGAACGUUUUGAUGAAUAUAUAUUGGUAUGAUUAAGGAUUUCAAAAUCUAUAAAUGCUAGAGGGGUUUUUACUAUAGUUAGAAGGAUUUUGGAUACAUUGUAUCUAUAUUUAACUCAUCUGUUAAUCAAAUUGUUGUAAAUGGGAACCAAAUUUAUAGAAUUUCCUUUUUUUAAGGACUUGUUACAGGGCUUAAUUUCAUUUUUGCCUUACUAAAUAGUAAAAAAAAGACUUGAAAAACAUUUUUAACAAGUUAAAACUGCCUUUUGGUCAUUUAUUCGAUCAUAUAAUAUAGCAGAAAACUAACAUCAAGUGAUUUACGUAGAUAAAAUUGACACUGCGCUAAAUACCGUUUUUUUUGUAUUUUACAGCUGUCAGAAUAGAAUGAAAUGUACUUUGCCAUAGAUAUUUUCUUCUAUUUUUUGUUUUCCAAAGCUGUAUUAAAAACAAACUUUUAAAAGUACAGUGUUCAAGAAGUGCUUAAUAGACUCCAUCAGCUGCCUCAAAUAAAAAUUUAGUAAUCUCUAUAUGACUACAUUUUCCCUAAAUGGCGAUACCUUAUCCAAAGAUGAAGAGUACCCCUAUUUUUAAUAGGUAGAAUGUACCUUUGUCAGUCUUGCAGAAGCUUUAAUGGAGAAAAAAUGGACUUUAUUUUUAAAAGAUGAAUUGAGCAGGCGUUUAUAUUAGAGAGUGAGUGGAAAUAUAUUUUGGUUGAGCAGUCAUAACAACCUUGAAUUUUAGGGACUCUGAGUGCUUCGUAACUGUUCACUACCUACUGUUCUUACCUUCAGUAAUGAAGAAUGAUUAAACAAUUCAACCGUAAUCCCCACUACACGUAUAUAAAAGUUGUCUUGUAAGUUAACAUUUUUAGCACACAGGAGAAAUUUUAUGUAAUAAAAUUACUGUAUCUUUUGGACUUAACAAGUUUGUAUUUAAACACAUUAUAUGAUUAUAUGUCUGGUAAUUCUUAAUGGCACUUUUACUAAUUUAUUUGGGGAUUUUGGGUGCAUUCACAAUUUGUGUUAAUUAUCCUUCACACUUGACUUCAAGUGGGAUAAUCCCCUCUCGGGAGUAUUGAACAGUGAUAUUCUGUUUUCUGGUUGGGCAACAUUCUGGAAGAUGUUUUUGGGAGGUUGUUUCCCUAUGGUUUGUUGUAUGUCCUCAGAUCACACCACCAAACAGCUCUUGGGAAUUCUUUUUUGAUUCAUUAGUAGCUAUGAUGAUUCUUAUCCAUGACACUAAGGAUUAGUUUUUUAUAUAUUUAAGAGAAACAGUUGCUAAAAUUAAAAUGCCUUUAUCAAGGAAUGCUAUUACAAACUAUUGUAACAUUAUCCUCAAGUAUUAACUUUUUAACUCCUUUGGUGUAGCAAAUAAUAAGCCCAGCCACUCAUUUUAUAUGGUCAUGGUUAAUCUUUUUAUUAAUAAAAUUAUGCUUAGAAUAAACUUAGUCUUGUGAA